AUAAUUCCAGUUCUCGCACUUCCUGUUGGCCUUGCAGAAUUGUAAACAAUGUGAGAUCGUAGUUCCACUAAGGGUCAAAUCAGCCAAGCAUCCCGUGAAACCGAUACAGAUCAAUGAGCUCUGAGCUUCGAGAAGGAACUUGUGGAAGAAUAAGCGGCGAGUUACAGCGAUUAAAGCUGAAUCAAAGCAACGACGCGAGAGGAAGACAUUAGCUGUCCGCUCAGGAACACAAGUGAUAAGCCAGCUAGCUGGCAGUCGCUUGAACAGUCUUCAUCGCCCCUCAUCAGGGCCCAGCCUAAUUCAGGAUGGUGUGUGUGGGGACUCUGGGUGUCUCGGUCCUUGUCUUAUGCUUCACUCUGGCACCCUCUCCUGGUCAGGCAUAUAUAUAUGCUCAUUACAGUAACAUGACCUCCAUGCUGUUCGAAGAUCUGCCUGCUCUCUUUGGCUCUCCUCUGCCAAAAGAUGGACUCACGGGUGUGCUGGUUGAAGCAAGUCCUCUGAACGCUUGCAUACCUAUAGAUCCUCCUCCAGUUUCUCCCACACCCUCCGAUCCCACUACAAACAGCACUACAACAAAAUACAUCGUCCUCAUUCGACGCUACGACUGUAACUUUGAUAUCAAGGUGCUCCAUGCACAGAGGGCCGGUUUCAGUGCAGCAAUAGUUCACAACAUGUACUCUAAUUCACUUCUCAGUAUGGGAUACAGCAAUGACACCAUCGCAGAGGAGAUCGAGAUUCCCUCUGUGUUCACAAGCUACUAUGCCUCUCAAAUACUGCGCAGCUUUAUCAUACCAGAGAAAGGGGCCUAUGUGAUUCUGAAGCCUGAGUUCUCCUUUCCUCUGUCCUACUAUCUCAUCCCCUUCACUGGAGUCGUGGGCAUGAUCAUCAUCGUCAUGGUCAUCAUACUGAUUGUGCGGUGCGUGCAGCACAGGAAGAGACUUCGGAAAAACAGACUCUCCAAAGAACAGCUGAAGAAAAUCCCCACUCACAAGUUUGUUAAAGGUGAUGAGUAUGAUGUGUGCGCGAUUUGCCUGGAUGAAUAUGAAGAGGGAGAUAAGCUGAGAGUGCUGCCGUGUUCACAUGCUUACCACUGCAGGUGUGUGGACCCCUGGCUCACCCAAACCAAGAAAACCUGCCCGGUGUGCAAGCAACGCGUGACCCGUCCCAACCCAGAACACUCUGAGUCUUCAGAUUCUGAGGAAGAGGCAGGGCCGCGUGAGGCUGGCGAGGAAGAGGAAGGAGUAAUCAGUGAGGCAGAUUCUGAGCGCACCCCUCUCCUUCGUUCAUCCAACCCUGCGUCUCCUGCCUCCUCCAGCCCGCCUCCCAAUUACGCCUCCACCGUAACGUCCCCGGCAGCCGCGGCUACGGUAACAACCUCCGCACAGUGCUUGCCGCACACGCCGCAGCAUGAUGUGCCCCUCCUGGGCCAGGAUGAGUACUGCUCACCCGUAGAGGACUCGGAUGAAGCUACUGAUGAUGAGGAGGGUCACCCCUCGGAUAACGACACCACAGAGCUUAUUGGACGUGGCGCUCUACGAGUCUGAGCCGUUGAUUUAAAAACGGUCACUUUGGUUGUUCUAGGGAUCCAUUUUCUCUGAUGUCUAUCACAGAUUUUGGAUUUUUACACCCCUUUUUUGGGAUGCAUUUUGUCUCAGUCCAGUCUCACUGAGAUGCACGUGCAUCACACUUUUAGUUAUAGCUAGUGCAUCCAACACUAAACAGCAUAUGUGCAGCAGUUUUUGCAGUUCCUGACAAAAAUACACAGAGUUAAUAAAGUUGCUGACAGCGUUUCUUGACAAAAUAGUCAAUACAUAAAUAAAUUAAAAACACCAUUUACUCACCCUCAUGUCAUUCCAAACCCAUAUAAAUUUCUUUCUUCUGCAGAACACUACGGAGCCCCGCACAUUACAUGCAGGGGAAAAAGUAAAUCGUGCAUAUGAUUUACUAUUUAGUUCCCUCAAUUUUCACACGAUUUACAAUUUCUUUCCCUCGAUUUGGUAAUUCGUUCCCUAGAUUUAUAAAUAGUGUGCAUGAUUUAGCAAAUCAAGGGAACGAAUUCAUGCGUACGAUUUAUGAAUUGAGGGAACAAAUUAGUAAAUCGUACGCACAAAUUUUUUUUUUCCCCUGCAUGUCAUGUGCUGGGCUCCGUAAAACACACAAAAAAAAAUUUGUUUUGUUUUUUUGCAGGAUGUUUUGCAGUGUAUAUGACAUGACAACACUGCACUUUUUUAAUUAUUAAUUUUUUAUAAUCUGACACACCUAUUUCAGGUGUUGGAGUCUCUACUAAUGAGCUAAAUGGGGAAACACUGUUCUACAAGACAAAAAAAAGACCUGUCAAACCUGGACACGUGUGAAGCCUAAAUAGGUGGAAGUGCAAAUGAGAUUUUCUAACUGUUGCAGGAGCAGAUUUUCAGUGAAUGAUGACUAGUUCAUCCAAAAAUGAAAAUUCUGUCAUCUUUUACACACCCUCAUGUCGUUCCAAACCCAUGAGAUUUUUUUUGUUCCUUUAGAACACAAAUGAAGAUAUUUUUAGUAUUCUCUCAUCCGUCUUGUGUCCCUCUACUGAAAGUCCAAACAACCAAAACGUUAGCGCAUUACAACAAAAAGAUAUUGUAAAUCCAUCCAUAUGAAUUGAGUGGUUUAAUCCAAGUCUUUUAUAGAGACACGAUCACUUCAUAUGAUGAACAGAUUAAAUUUAAUUUAGUAUUGUAAACAAAAACAAAAUAUACUUGCUUGAUGCACAAGAAUCAAUGAGGUUUGUUCUCAGGCGUCAUGUGAGUAAAGUUGAGUUUUGUUUACCAUGUUUGAUGUGCUCUAUGUAUGUGCGUUGAUCAAUGUUUAAUGAGAAUGAAAGACUAAAUUAAAUCUGUUCAUCAUAUAAAGUGAUCGAGUCUCUUUAGAAGACAUGGAUUAAACCGCUGGAUUCAUAUGUAUUACUUUUACAAUCUCUUUAUGAACAUUUUGAGGUGUCAAAGUUUUUGCUUUCAUUAAAAAUCUUCAUUUGUGUUUCAAAGAUGAAUGAAAUUCUUAAGGGUUUGGAAUCACAUGAGGGUGAAUAAAUGAUAUUUUUGGGUGAGCUAUGCUUUUAAAUUCUGCUGUGUUCCUCGCACAAAGCUGUCGUAUGGCUUCACAAGAUAAAGAAUGUAGCACAUGAGUCAUAUGGAUUAUUUUUAUGCUUUUUAUUGGUGAUUUAUUGUCUUUUUGUGAGCUUGGUUAGCUUAUGAAAAAGAGCAGCCUCCUUUAUAAUGCUAAAUUUCUUAGUUUGUGUUCAAAAAAAAAAAAAAAAAAAACCUCCACGUGGGUGAGUAAAUAAAAUUUUGGGGAAACCGUUCCUGUAAGUUGGUGGUUCCUGCCUGGUCACCAUUUAUGUGCAAUACGGACAGGUUGCCAGUUUGUAAAUGAAUACUAAUAUUUUAUUUAUACCUACAGAGGUCGCACAGAAAUGAUUGCAGACUUCUGAAUUAGCGUCUUUGAUAAGUAAAUUCUUUUAUGUUAUUUUUAGGAAACACCUGCAUUGAUCAACUAUACCAUUCACACAGAAUUCACUUUAAGAGCCUGAUGAUUUAGAAUAUAUUUGGUUGGUUAUUACAACAGCAACAACAACAACAACAACAACAAAAUCCUUUAUAAACGGUUAUUUUUUGUUAUUUUCAAUACAUAAACUGACUUUCUGAACCAGUUCCUUGCAGAUCUCUCUCUCUCUCUCUACAUUAUGUAAAGGCAUUAUUCUCUCUUAUUUACAAAGAUUGCAGUUGAAAUAGUUUUAUUAUUGUUAUUGAUGCAAGCUAAAUGGACUAACUUUGUUUAAUAUAGACAUUUACCAUUUAAAUGCUAGCUGCUGUUUCAGAUUUAAAUUGGCUUUGAUCAUGAUUGACGGUGUAUAGACUUAAUGGCAGUGUUUAUUACCUUUUACUGUCCUCUUAGGUUCCAUCUUUCAUCUCAAAUGAUUAAGAACCUGUGUUGUCUAUACUAAAUAAACAUGUGCCUACUUCAAAUUUUCAUUUGUAAAUGUAACACCAUCCAUCUCUUCCUCUAAAUCACUGAUCGGUCAAAUGAAUAUUCACUGUCACAUGUCUGUUUUUCUUUCCCAAGUUUUAUCAUUGUGAUUUUAGUUUAAGUUUUUUGACCUCUCUGACAUUGACAUCACGCAUUCAGAUAUAUUUGUGUCUCCUUUUAAAAAUAUAAAGCAAAUAACACUGUAAAGAAUCAUAGGGUUUGCACCUGUAGUAUGCUGAAACAACAUCUUUUAUUAUUAUUUCUACUCUGUAAAUAAUGUUCAGUCCGUGUCUGUGUUUAAUCAUUGAGUGCUUCAUUCUAAUUGUUUGAAGAUUUAUUUAGGAUUGUACCAUUGCUUCAUUUUGUGCCAUAAAAAUAAUUUUACUAUU